AUGGAGCAUCAGCAGCAUUUUUGCGAGUUGCUUCGGUGCGCUGCGAACCUUCACGAAAACAUUAGCGACGCGAUCGAAAGGAGCUUACAGAGCGAUUUCAUUCUAGCGACGUCGGCGUCGGUUCCCUUAACUGCGCGAUCAUGGUCAAGCCAGCAAGACCCGACGUCGAGCACCAUACAUCUUGAUUCAAAUCAACCUGCACGUGAAAACAUGAAACUAGCACAAACCCGAGAACAUGGCAACAUUGUCAGCUCGAGCCCGCUUAUUCUGUCGCCGAAGUUUCCUCUUGAUCUGUCCACAUCGUCUUCUCACAACUCAUCCUCCAAGCAGACCGGCUCAGAGGCUCCUUCCUCUCUGUCGGAGCGAGGUCAGCCUGACGCUCCCGGCCUUCAGCAGCAGCACACGCAGCAGCACACACAGCAGCAUGAGCAGCAGCUCAAGAAGCAGCACGGCCGGCUGUCUCUGCCGGCGAUGGGCUCGAGAAGAACCUCGAGGCUGGGAGAGGGUACUGUCGAGGCUCGAGUGCUCAUUGCUCUGCGGGAUUCAUUGGAGAUGGUCGAGAGCGGUUUGGAGCGGUUGAUGGAUCAGGAGCAGGUUCUGCAGCAGCAGCGGCAGCCGGAGCAAGCUCAGCAGCGGCGGGAGAUGCAAGAGUGGGGGGGCGGAGAGCGGGUGAAGCACUCGCGUGGAGGUGAACGCGGAAGAGCAGCCGCGGAUGCGCGCAGAAGGGCAGCGGCGGAGCUGCAGAUGGCGCUGCGCGUGGUGUGGUCGCAGGGGGAGAGCCAUCACGGCCGAGAGGAAGCGGUGGUGAAGGAACUGCUUCACUUUGUCGCCAGUGUCGCCCAGAUCCUGCCAGGGGCAGACAAUCCUGUUGCAGAAGAAACCCCAGCACGGAACAAUGACAGGCAGUUCUCGGGUCUUCUGGUUGCACCUGUUGCUGCUGCUGCUGCUGCUGCUGCUGCUGCUGCCGCUGGUGUGGCUACCAGUGCUUCAGCUCUUGAUUCCCCUUACACUUUCUCCUCCACUUUUCCUGCUCCUUCUGCAUCUGCUCCUGAUCCUCUAGCUCUCGAGCCUCCCUCUGUUUCUUCUGCCUCUCGCCUGGUCCCGUUGCCUCUGCUGCCACUGCAGCGCCUAGCCCGUCCCGUCCUAAACAGUAGCUUUCGUCUCGUUGAUGCACUUACGGGCGGCAUGGCUCGGCAGGUUUCGUCUGGGUUCUCUGACUUGCUCCGGAAUGUGUGCGGCAAUCCGAACCUGUUUUCCAGGCCUCUGGGUCAGCUUGGGUCGCUGGGCGGCACGGUGCUCGGUUUGGGUGGCGCAGUUGGGGUUACUGUUGGUUUGGCGCUUAUGGCUGCUAAUGCUGCAAACGGGGGGGUUUCUAAUGGGGUGUAUCAGCGGGUAGGGGUGCCUCUGAGGGUGGAAGCAGGGAAAAGAGACUGGGGACGGCAGGUUGAUGCUGAGGAGCAGAAGUAUUGGGUUGAUGAGUACAGUGCGAGGGAGUAUGCAGCUACUGGGUUCGACAGUAACGAGUACAGUCCUGGCAUGGAGGGGAAUAGGGAGUGGGUGGGAGGGGUGAAUCUUCCUAUGGAGGGGGAUGAUGAGAGGGGAGGGGAGGAAGUGAUGGGAUACGCGGAGAUAGUGGGAGGGUUGGUAGCGCCAGUGGUGCACGGGGAAGGUUAUGGAAAAGGGCAUGGGGAAGGUGCCUCUUCUCCCACCGGUGGCUCUUCUUUGAACGCUGCUUCUCCCAGAGGUGGUGGCGCACUUGUGCGUGUGCAUGAGAUUGCAGGGGACUCGCCUCUGCAUGUUGUGAUUGAGUGGGAGGGGGUGGGCGGAGGGGAGUACGAGGGGGAACUGCAAGUGCUGAGGCAGUGGGAAGGCGGGCAGGAGGAUGACUGGGGUGGUGCUCCGUGGGACUGGCUUGCAGAGGAGGAUGAGGGGGAUGGGAUUGCGGGAGGUGAGAUGGAGGAGUGGGAAGGGAGGAGUGAAGGGAUGAGUGAGGGAGUGGUGAUGGGAAUGGGUUGGGAGGCAGAGGAUGAUGAUCUGACGCUUAACCCGACACGAAGCAGGUGCGAGGUUCUCAUUUCGCUCAACGGCAGCACAACGGUCAUUUCGUCCGGCCUGCUCAAGCCCUUCGCGAGCCACAUCAAGGCGGUAGAGGAGCAGCUCAGCAGCGGCUCGCACCUGAUCAAGCUCGACCCGCGUACGCGCGCGCAUUUCCUCAAGCUUCAGAGGCAGAAGCUGCGAGGGGGAUAUGUUCCGCCGGAGGAGGAGGAGGACGGUGCGGAUGUUGACGAGCUGAUCGCGUGGUUCACGAGAACCACCGUGGAGAGGGCGGUGUCGUUCAUCAGCGCGCCGGGGCUCAUCGAGCACGCAGUGGCGAUCGAGAGGGAGCUGCUGCACCUCGAAGAAUCGCUCACCGCCGAUCCUUCUGCCUCUCCCCCCGCCGACUACGGCCAGAACGGCCUCCGGACAGUGGCUGAGAGCAACGGCAACGAGGAGGGGGGCGAGCUUAUCAUGCGCAUCCGCAAGGCGAUGCACAUGCGCCUGGGCAUGCUGCGGCGCGAGCAGAACGUGGCGGUGGCGCGCGCAGCAGCGGGCGGCUUCACUUGCGACAUCCUCUCGUCGCUGCUGCUCUUCGCCGACUGCUUCGACGCCCCGCGACUCAAGCAAGCGUGCGUCCAAUUCUCCACGCUCCUCCGCCGCCGCGAGCUUCAGGCCAACCCGCCGCCCGCCGCCCCCGCCGCUGUGUCCGCAGUCUGGCUCCCCCUCGCCGCGGACGCCGCCACCACCGCCGACCCCGCAGAGGCCGCCGAAGCCGGCGGAGACUCCCCCACUGCGGACGCCGCCGGCGCCGUAGCGGCUGCGGCUGGUGGGCCCUUCGCUAUAGGCACACCCGUUGGUGGUGCCGCCCAUACCGGCCCGUACUCCUUCGUACCGAUGUACACUCCCGGUUCGCCUGGCUACACCCCCGGCUCCCCUUUCCCCUAUGGUCUCGUGGCUCUUACCCCCGGCGCUACAGCCGCCGCCGGCCAGUUCUCCGGCGCUACAGACAUGGCGGGAUUCGGGCGCGGAGGGGGAAACGGCGGAGGCCUGGGGGGAGGACCGCCGGGAGCGGUGAGGAUUGGGGGAAAGCCGGUGUUCGGCGUGCAUCACCACCAUUACCACCGCAUGGGGGGCGGCGGGCGGAAGAACCGCGCGGCUGCCCGCAUCUCCCCCAAGCUCCGCUCGUGGGGAAACAGCGGUGGCGCGGGUGGCGCCGGUGCUGACGAUUUCAUGCUCAUGUCUGGUGUCUCCUCCUCUCCUUCGCCUGAUUACCUCACUGGUGGGGGUGCAGGAGCAGCAGGAGGAGCAGGAGGGGUGUCUGCUUUCGACCGUUCCCGUUCCCUUAACGGGGCGUCUUAUAAUGGGGGGGCGAAUCUGGAAGCGGAAAUGCUGGGCGUGGUGGCAGGUGCAGGUGCGGGGGGAGACUCCUCCGCCCGCGACUUCCUGGGGGAAGAUGCGCUCCGUGGGCCUGUGGACGAAUCUGGACCGUCGAAUCACGAGGAUCUGAUGGCGUGGGAGGCGUCCCUGGGCGACGCGAUGCUGGUGGGAGGAGGGGCGGACGGUUCUUCCUCCUCGUCCUCUUCUCUGUAUGGCGACGAUAUGGAGCUGAGUCUCGCUGCUGAGAGGGCCGCAGGAGCAGCAGCCGGAAGAGGCGUGGGAAGGAAAGUGGGCGCAGGGGGACUGGGAGCAGCACGAGGAGUGGGAGGGGCGGGGAGAGGGCGGGGAGUGGUGGGGAGUGGUGUGGCGGGGCGAGCUGGGAUUGGCGCCCGUGGGCGGAGUAUGUCGUCGUCUAGUGCUGUUGGUGCGGGCGCGGGACGUGGCAGGGGCCGGGCGACGAAUCCGCAGGAGCAAGUUCUGAUGGAGAUGGAGAGGAAGCAGCAGGAGGCUGCUCGCCGCAGGGAGGAGGAGAAGAAGCGGCAGCAGGAGGCUAGGCAGCAGCACCUCAAGCGGGCCUCAGCAGGAGGAGGCCUUGUCCGCUCCACCUCCACCUCAGGCAUCGAGAGGCGUCGCACCACCACUACCACUUCUACUUCUGUUGGUGCUGCUGGUAACCGCACUGCUACUGCCUCGGCUGCGAGAGAGGCAGGUGGGGUGGCUGCUGGGCGGCGGGGAAGCCUGGAGGGCCAGGAGAAGCUGGGGAUGCUGAAUAACGGCAUCCAUAUGAGCAAUGCCUAUGGGUAUACUGCUGCACAUACUACACCCCAUCAGAGCUACACUGCUGCGCCCAUGAUUGCUCAUGGUGGCCCCGGCGCGGCAAGCCCUGCAGCUGUGGGGUUUGGCGAGGGGCUUAGGGAGGCGAGGCUGAAGCAGGAGAGAGAGUAUUUGGACAUGUUGAGGGAGAGGGAGGCUGCGUGGGUUGGAUCAGAGCCAGAUGGGGAGAAGAAAAAGACAUCUGGCUUGAGGAAGCUGUUUGGUGGCUUUGGAAAUUUUUUUCUUAGCGCUUCCGAUCUCAUCUCCACGCUACAACAAGAAAGUGGUAGUUUUUCUACGCCUUUCACCAUGAGUCGACCAAUGGACGAGGAUGAGGCGGAGAAGAAGGAAGAAGAAGAAUUCAGCACAGGACCGUUAUCCGUGCUCACUAUGAGUGUCAAGCAGAAUACCCAGGUAUUGAUUAACUGCAGAAACAACAGGAAAUUGCUUGGAAGAGUGAAGGCCUUCGACCGUCACUGCAACAUGGUUUUGGAGAACGUGAAAGAGAUGUGGACAGAGGUUCCAAAAACUGGGAAGGGGAAGAAGAAAGCUAAGCCAGUGAAUAAAGAUCGAUUCAUCAGUAAAAUGUUUCUGCGGGGAGACUCCGUCAUCAUCGUCCUUCGAAAUCCUAAAUAG